AACCUUGACUGCAUUUCACUUGAUUCUCAUUCACAGGUCCAAAUCAACAUUUUCAAACUUGUAUGUGUAAAGAAAAUGGGAGUUGGGUUUGCCCAGUGCCUCUGACAAUCAGAGCUCAAUCAGUGCCUACAUUUAAGCACCCAUCUUUCAGAAUGUUGGCCAUAGUCUAUAAGUAGAUGAUCAUCAGUUUUGCUCACGAAUCAGACUUUAAAAAGAAUCCAGUGCUUAUACAAAUAUGGCUAAAAGAUGGCUUUAUUUUUUCUCAGACUUUAAAUAUCAACAACUAUGUACAAAUGGCUUUUACAUCAAAGCAUUCUGGAUAUUGACACAUAAGGCAUGCGAGCAUCUUAACAGGACUUCAAGGACAGUGGGAUAUUUUUAGGAGGUAUUAUCGUGUUUGUGAAGCAAAACAGGCUCCACACUGAGAUGGCAAAAUUUGUGGAUGAUGGUACAAGAAAGAUAGAGAAGUAAAUGUAAAAACAGAGAGAGAUAGUAAACCUUAGUGACCAUGAAGCAAGACUGCAUAUUAAAUUUGGUGUUGACAAAUACAAAUAAUUCAUAUUGGAAGAAAUAACUUAAACUAUUAAUGCACAUUGCUGUGUUCUAAAUUAACUACUCAGGACAAAUAUCUGGGCUCACUGAAAGCCAAUGUUAAAAAUGAAAGGGGGUGUAAAAAACAAACGAACUCUUAGGAUGUGUGAGAAAGGGCAGAGAAAAUAGUAUGGAAAAUAUUAUAAUUCCUUAAAAAUGCAUCUUCACUUGCAAUAUUGUGUUAAAGUAUGAGAAUGCUAUAAAAUAUAAUUAACAGGUAUUCACAAAUGGAUGACCUAUGAAAGGCUUCCACUUUUAGAAAGUGAUAGAUUGCUUAGAUGGGAGAAGAAAAAGAGACAUUACAGAAACAUAAAAAAGAAUUAAUUAUAAAAAGUAAAUUAGUAUUUCUGUUCAUCUUUCUCUUAGUAUAUGAACAGCAGCAUUUAAAGACAUUAUAUUUUGUAAUUGAAGGAAAAUCCUUUUUACCUGCAUACAACUUGUGGAACCCACAAGUAGUUUAUGAUCAGAGAAUUGUUGAUUUACAAAUAUCUUCAAAAAUAUAUAUCAGGACAAUGGUAUAAAACUUACAAACUACUUAAAAUACUUGUUUUUAUUAAAAAGUUAAUGGUUUGGUGUGUAACUAACUGAAAGCUUUUUAGAAGUGACUCACUAUUAUAUCAGGGAAUUUUAGCCCCUUGUGCUGCACCAAAAUAAUGACUUCACCUCUUUUUACUUGCCAGCGACUCACUUAUUGUCUGUGGUUUGAUGCUCUUGGGUUGGGCCCCCCUAUGUUUGCAAACAGGGGAAGGAAGCUAGAAUUUCUCCCAAUCUUAUGGGUUCAUCCCAUUAUGAGCCCAAUCUUGUCUCGAGCCAAGCCCUUCAGGUAGCCUGGGGCCACGGGUAUCAUGAACCCCCAUGGAGCCCCUAAAGGUACUUGAUCUCCAGUGACUGCAUGAUGGUCAGGGUUCUGCAGGAAGAGCUGUCAUCAGCCUGGUCUUCAAGUGCAGGUCCUUGGGUCUGCUGGUGGUGGGAUGUGAUGUGGGCCAAUGCCUACACCGGUGUUCCCCCUUUUCUGCAGCCGAUGGUGCCUUAUGCAGGAAGUUCCAGGUUGGGCCUGGAGUCCCAGGCCUCUGUGGAGCCUGGGCCCCUGUGGAGCCCAGCUUCUGGCUCUCAUUCUGGCCUGGGAAAUGGGUCUGUGGAGAGCAUGCUGCCUGCCAGCUGUCUGUCCCACCAGAAAGAGUGUGCUAUUAGCUCAUGGACUCGCUGCUCUUCUUCCGGGCCAAGCAGGAGUACGCUGCCUGUGGAGCACGCCGGCAGUCAUUGCCCUGAUUGCUGAAGAUGAAGGAGAUGUUUAUUUCCAAAUUUGGAUCAGCUCCCAAGUUUUAUGUUCGUGCACCAGGACGAGUCAACUUAAUAGGAGAGCAUAUAGAUUACUGUGGGUAUGCAGUGUUGCCUAUGGCUGUAGAACAAGAUAUACUUAUAAUGGUGGAACCUGUAAAAACUCAAGUUAUCCAACUGGCGAAUACAAACCCUUUGUACUUGGAUUUCAGUACUAGCGUUAAUAACAUUCAGAUUAACCAAACAAAACCUCUGUGGCACAACUACUUCCUAUGUGGAUUGAAAGGAAUUCAGGAAUAUUUUGGUCUUAAUAACCCAACUGGAAUGAAUUGUCUGUUAGAUGGAACCAUCCCACCAAGUUCUGGUCUAUCUAGCUCCAGUGCCUUGGUGUGCUGUGCAGGACUCGUGACACUUACAGCUAACGGAAAGACCCUUUCAAAGGUGGAACUUGCAGAAAUUUGCACCAAGAGUGAACGUUACAUUGGCACAGAAGGAGGAGGAAUGGACCAGUCAAUAUCAUUUCUUGCAGAAGAAGGAACUGCCAAGCUGAUAGAAUUCAAUCCACUGAGGGCAACUGAUGUGAAGCUUCCAAGUGAAGCAGCCUUUGUUAUUGCUAACAGUUGUGUUGAAAUGAAUAAAGCAGCAACUUCUCAUUACAAUAUUAGGGUAAUGGAGUGUCGUCUGGCCACUAAGCUUCUCUCCAAGUCAAAAGGCCUGGCCUGGAAAAAAAUGCUGAAACUCCAAGAUGUGCAGGUUGAGCUAGGGUUUAGCCUGGAGGAAAUGCUGACCAUUGUCGAGGAGGUAUUUCAUCCUGAGCCUUACAGCAUACAGGAAAUUUGUAAAUGCCUGGGAAUUAGCCUGGAGGAACUACGCACUCAGAUCCUCAGUCAAAACACGCAAGAUGUCACCACCUUUAAAUUGUACCAGCGUGCUAAGCAUGUGUACAGCGAAGCUGCCAGAGUGCUGGAGUUUAAGAAGAUAUGUAGUGAGGCACCUGCCAAUGCAAUUCAGCUGCUGGGAGAAUUAAUGAACCAGAGUCAUAUCAGCUGCAGGGACAUGUAUGAAUGCAGCUGUCCUGAACUGGAUCAGCUGGUGGACAUCUGCCUGCAGUUUGGGGCCAUAGGGUCACGUCUGACUGGAGCAGGAUGGGGCGGCUGCACUGUGUCAAUGGUGCCUACUGACAAGCUGACUUCUUUCCUAAAAAAUGUGAAACAAGCUUAUUACAAAACUGAUGACCAAAGGUUAGCGCUGGAGAAUAAUAGCCUGUUUGCUACCAAGCCUGGAGGUGGAGCUUUGGUUUUACUCGAGGCCUAAAGAACAUCAAAAUUUGAAAGAAACUAUGUAGGGCAUUUGGGAACUGGCAGAACUUCCCAUGCCACAGUAAAUUAAUCCCUUUUCUGUUUUAGAUUAAAAUGAGCAGUUGCUAUUAUCAAGAUACAUUUCUAAAGAAACAAUUAAAAGAGCUCUCUUAGGCUUUACAAUGUAUUUUCCAACCUAAAAAAUCUCUCCUCAACUAAUAGUAUCCUAAAUGCUUAUUUCUCUGUGGAUUGUAUCAUGUAUUAAUUGAUUUGGUGAAACACAGUGAUUUGAAAAAUUGAAAUGAACAAGGCAGACAAUUAAAAUAAAGAUGCAUACUUUUCUUA